GAGUGUGCUGUGUUCCUGCAGUGAAGGCGAGAGCAGCUCCUGGAUUUGAGUUCUCUGUUUUCUCCCUCGUUCUCUCGCUCGUGUCAGCUCUCGGACUGCGCUCUGUGUGUUUGAGUGUGUGUGAGUGUGUGUGAGUGUGUGUGAGUGUGUGUGAGUGAUUCAGGCAGAGCUCUGUGGGAUUAGCAUUAGUGUGUGUUUUGCUGGUGAACAGGUGGAUUACAGCGAUGGACUGAGGGGAACACACACACACAGAGCAGGAGAGCAGGAGCAUUCAGCAGCCAGACGGCAGCACCAGUGAGUGUGUGAGUGAGGGAGUGUGUGAGUGUGUGAGUGUGUGAGUGUGUGAGUGUGUGUGAGUGUGUGUGUGUGUGAGUGUGUGUGUGUGUGUGAGUGUGUGAGUGAGGGAGUGUGUGUGUGUGUGAGUGUGUGAGUGAGGGAGUGUGUGUGUGUGUGUGUGAGUGUGUGAGUGAGGGAGUGUGUGUGUGAGUGAGUGUGUGAGUGAGGGAGUGUGUGUGUGUGUGAGUGUGUGAGUGAGGGAGUGUGUGUGUGUGUGAGUGUGUGAGUGAGGGAGUGUGUGUGUGUGUGUGUGAGUGUGUGAGUGAGGGAGUGUGUGUGUGAGUGAGUGUGUGAGUGAGGGAGUGUGUGUGUGUGUGAGUGUGUGAGUGAGGGAGUGUGUGUGUGUGUGAGUGUGUGAGUGAGGGAGUGUGUGUGUGUGUGUGUGAGUGUGUGAGUGAGGGAGUGUGUGUGUGAGUGAGUGUGUGAGUGAGGGAGUGUGUGUGUGUGUGAGUGUGUGAGUGAGGGAGUGUGUGUGUGUGUGUGUGUGAGAUCUAAAAAUAAAUGAACAGUCACGAUCUGCAUAAUCAGAAAAGUAUUUAAAUAGUGUUUAACACAAUCAGUGUGACUGUUUAAUAAUUCAAUACAAUUAAAAGUACUAAUUACAGUCAUUUAAAUAUUCAUUAAAUAUGCUAAUAUUACUGAUAAUGGUAAUUACUGGCACACGCCAGCAAAACUGAGCGUUUCUGACAGCGUGAGUGUGUGUGUGUCCACACUCCCCUUCUCUAAAGACUGCCGGAGGUGUGUGUGUGUGUGUGUAUAAGUGUGUAUGAGUGUGGGUGUUAGUGGAAGAUGCCGGCCAUUGUGCUGGUCAGUAAGAUGAAGUCUGGACUGCCGAAGCCGGCGCACGCCACUGCCCCGAAAACACACAUUCCCACCCGGGCGGUGGCUCCUCAGCCUAACGUCACACACACGUGGACCACCGGUGUGAAGGAUGAGCAGUCCAGUGGACUCAAACCCAUACGGACCCCCAGCCUGACAGCUGACCAGUCCAGUGGUCUGAAGCUCCCGCAGUCUGGUGCAGUCCGGCUCUCUCCAUCCACUGUCCACUCUCAGCUGGACUGCACUCCGUCCAAACCCAGCCAGCCUGCAGACGGACCUGUAGACACUCAGAUCUACACAGACUGGGCCAAUCACUACUUGGCGAAAUCGGGACACAAGCGGCUGAUUAAGGACCUGCAGCAGGAUGUGAGUGAUGGAGUUCUUCUGGCGGAGAUCAUCCAGGUUGUCGCCAAUGAAAAGAUUGAAGACAUCAAUGGCUGUCCAAAGAGCCGCUCUCAGAUGAUUGAGAAUAUUGAUACCUGUCUGACAUUUCUGGCAGCUAAAGGUGUGAACAUACAGGGACUGUCUGCAGAAGAGAUCAGGAAUGGUAAUCUGAAGGCGAUUCUGGGGCUUUUCUUCAGUUUAUCGCGCUACAAACAGCAGCAACAACAGCAGAGGCAGCCACCCCCGACACACACACAUCACACACACACAGCUCACAGCAGCACAAACUCCGCCCCCCCGCAUGGGACACACAGCCACCGAGCGCAGGCAGAGAUGCAGUCCAGGGGUGCCACUGAGAGCAAACUUCUCAAGUUUUCCAUUGGUCAGAAAAAAUCAUCUAGACUCCCUGGCCCUACAGCCCGUGUGUGUGCUGCGGGCAGUGAGGGGUCUCCCCGGGGCUCCAUCAGUUCAGCAGGGAACCGGCGGAGUCAGAUCUUCAGCAGUGAGAAGAACAGCAAACCUGCAGCUCCACAGCCCAAAGAAUUAUUGGACGGUGUCCCGUCCCAUCCUCCAGGCAUGGCUGAGCAUGCACCAUUAUCCCUGACAACUGUCAGCUCCUCCAUCAUCACCAGCACUGUGGCAUCCUCCUCUUCAUCCUCUACCUACACCUCCAGCUCAGCCAUUCCUCAGCCCAACUCAAGCAGCAAACCCUGGAGGAGCAAAUCCACAAGCACCAAACACACGUCUACCUCCACCGCUCACCUGGCCAAGCAGGACGCUCCAGCCAAGCAGCCGACGCAUGCAGAACCUCCUCCCAAAGCUCUGCCGCAGAGGUCCAUGCUGGAGAAGCUGAAACUGUUCAACAGUAAAGGAGGCUCCAAGUCCUCCACGCAACAAGAUGGUGCUGCAGCGUCUCCGGCCACAAGCAGAGAUCCAGCUGUGGUGCUGGAGAGAGUGGAGGCCAGUGCCAACACCGAGCCUCUGGAGGAAGCUGAGGGCAAUGCCAGGCCCAGCAAUGGGUUAUCUAGCAGCAGCCCAAAGAUCGCCCUGAAGGGCAUCGCCCAGCGAACAUUUAGCAGAGCGCUAACGGCUAAGAAGGGCUCAUCGAAAAACGCGGAGAAAGAAAAGGAGAAAGAGCGAGCGAAGGAGAAGGAGCGUGAGAAAGAAGCCUCCAAAAACCUCCAAGCACCCAUCUCUGAAAAGGUGGAACUUAGAAAUGAGGAACUGUCUGCAGUUUCAGAGGUCGUUGUGGCAGAGACCGAGCCUAAAAGAACGUCUAAAAUCGCUAGCCUUAUUCCCAAAGGGGGCAGAGUCAACGGCAAGAAGGAUAACUCCACCCCAGUGCACAGCGGCAUUCCCAAACCCGGGGGAAAAAGCUCCGGGAAUGGCGCAGGAAAAAGCUUAGUGGCACCUCUCAGUGGCAAAGACAAUGAAAGGCCGCGUAGCAUGCGGUUGAUUGGAGGUGUCAAUCUCCACAGAGACAGCCGCCACUCCUCUUCUUCUUCCAGCCUAGCCUCCACUGAGGGCAAAGCCCACCAGAGCCACAGCGCCGCCCCGGUGGCUAAUGGAGGCACUACACAGUCCACGGCCAGCAACACAGUCAGCGUGCAGCUGCCUCAACCUCAGCAGCAGUACAGCCACCCCAACACAGCCACCGUCGCUCCGUUCAUGUACAGGUCUCAUACAGAAGGAGAUGACAGCAUUACUGCAGAAACGGGCUCUGGAGGACACACUGGAGACUCUGGAAGCUUCAGCAAGACGUCAAUAGAAGAUUUGUCAGGAGAAGAUCCGGAGACCAGAAGACUCAGAACCGUUAAAAACAUUGCGGAUCUCCGGCAGAAUCUGGAAGAAACCAUGUCCAGUUUGCGGGGGACGCAGAUUACACACAGCACUCUGGAGACGACGUUCGACGGCGGGGUCACCACUGAGCUCAGCGGCCGCAGUUUGCUGUCUCUCUCGUCUCGCCCGGUUCCGUUAGCCUGGGCCAGCCGGGUCGGUCAGUCCAGUCCACGCCUGCAGGCGGGCGACGCCCCCUCGCUGGGGAACAGUUACCCGGGGCGCGCGGGGGCGGGGGCGCCUCAGGGCCGGUACCUGUACCCCGCCCCUCUGCGCAGGCAGCUGGCGGCGCGCGGCAGCGCCCUCUGUGGGCUAGAGCUGGGAGAGCAGGGGGAGGAGCUAGAGCUGGACGUCAGUGGAUACGUCAGCGACGGAGACGUGCUGGUUAAAAAUGCACGAACGGACGACAUUACCAGCGGGUAUCUGACAGAUGGAGGGUUAAGUUUGUACACUCGGCGGUUGAACCGGAUGCCGGAUGGUAUGGCAGUAGUACGGGAGACACUGCAGAGGAACGCUUCCACUGGCCAGGGAGACGCUGAUAGUUGGGAUGACAGCAGUUCAGUCAGCAGUGGAAUCAGUGAUACGAUUGACACUGAUGACAUCAACACCAGCUCCUCCAUCAGCUCUUACGCCAACACACCUGCAGCACCUCGCAAACACCUUAAAGGACAGCAGACGGACUCUGAGAAGCAUUCAACAGUCGAUCGUAAUUCUACCUGGUCUGGAGACGAAGUCAAAAGGUCAGAUGGUGGCUCGGACAGCGGGGUGAAGAUGGAGCCUGGAUCUAAAUGGCGCAGAAACCCUUCAGACGUGUCAGAUGAGUCGGAUAAGGGGAGCUCAGGGAGAAAGGGCGGGCCCGUCUCUCAGACCGGCUCCUGGAGGAGAGGCAUGAGCGCACAGGUGGGCGUGACCACGCCCAGGACGAAAAGUGCCACUGUUGCCACAGGAACGGGCACACUGAAAACACACGGAGCAGCUAAAACAGACGAUGCUAAAGUCUCAGAGAAAGGCCGCCUCUCUCCUCGCCCCAACGGAGUCCACCGCUCUCCCUCUGACGCCGCCCGGACCGGCUCUGACCCCGCCCCCUCCACUCGCGCACCCACCACUGGCAGCACCUUCGGCUUCAAGAAAACUGGUUCCUCUGGACCGCCCCCGGUUGUCACGGUAACCACCUCAGGCAUCACACUCGUGACAGCCAGCGGGGCCACCAUCACCAGUGGCUCGGCCACCCUGGGAAAGAUCCCCAAGUCCGCCGCCCUGGUGGUCGGAGGAGGCAGAGACAGGUCUGGUCUGAAGGGGGCACCAGAGGGCACGCUGGCGAGCCAAGAGGAUGGCUACUUGGCAGUGAGUGCCAGGUCUACGCUACAGUACCGCAGCCUGCCUCGGCCUUCGCGCUCCGGCGCCGCCGCUCGCCAUGGCAACCGCUCGUCCACCAGCAGCAUCGAAUCAGGCCUGAGCAUCCGAGCCCCCACCCUCACCGCUGUCACGACCAAUAGGACACAAGACGCCACCCUGAAGAACAAUGAAAGCUUAGCACCUGCUAAUCAAACAGACAAGGAGAAGGGUGGAGCUUCAGAACAAGACAGUCUGAGAGCCAGUCCCAUUGGCUCGAGCGGAGGGGCGGCGACUAUUCCACAGACAGCGAGGCAGGGCAAAUACACAGAGGUGUCAUCGCCCACAUUGCGCAGACUCUUUGGCGGGAAGGCUAAGCAGGCUCCAGUGAGCACAGCCGAGAGCUUGAAGAACUCUGUGGUCAUCUCCAACCCCCAUGCCACGCUGGGGCACCACACCCUGGCCUCCUGUGGGCCCCUGGACUCCAGCGGGGGCAGCGAGCAGGCGUCCAGCCCGGGAUCAGUGUAUUCGGGCACCGGGACCUGGGGGACCACCAUCAGCAGCUCGUCUGCGCUGGGCUACCCCUCGGUCAGCAGCAUGCACACCAGCAGCGAGUCUAUAGACAUGUCAGUGGGCAGCGGGCAUCACCGCGAUGACAUUCACCCGCCACUCAUGCGGACCGGCAGCACCAAGACAGAGAGUCCCCUGUCCUCUCCUUCCGCUAGUCCAAAAUUCAGCCGCAACACCUUGCCUCGGAAACAGGACAGCGACUCCUACAGUGAUAGGAACACACUGCCUAAAAAGGGGCUCAGGUACGGUCCUUCGCCGCAGCUUCGCCAGGAAGAGGCUCGUGAUUGGCUGCGCUCUCACUCCACCAGUGGCCUGCAGGACUCAGCCUGUAACUCUCCGUUCUCCACUGGCUCCAGCCUGACCUCGCCCUCCGGAACUCGCUUCAACUUCACACAGCUGGCCAGUCCCACCACUGCAGCACAGAUCAAUCUGGCCAGCCUGCGCAACAACAGCCUGACCAAUCAGGACACCGUGCUGGACGCCUGCGGAGACACGCGCCUGCGCAACUCCUGCAUGUCUCUGGACGAGAAAACCAGAACCAUGAGCCGCUCUGCUUCCUUCAGAGACGGCUUCGAGGAAGUUCACGGUUCCUCCCUCUCUCUGGUGUCCAGCACGUCUUCUAUCUACUCCACGAAUGAAGAAAAAUCACAGUCAGAGAUCCGUAAGCUGCGCAGAGAGCUGGACGCUUCUCAGGAGAAAGUUUCCGCUCUGACAACACAGCUGAGUGCUAACGCUCACCUAGUGGCAGCAUUUGAGCAGAGUCUGGCGAAUAUGACCAUUCGACUGAAGAGCCUCACUAUGACAGCAGAGCAGAAGGACUCUGAGUUGAAUGAGCUGAGGAAGACCAUUGAGCUGCUGAAGAAGCAGAACGCUGUGGCUCAGGCUGCCAUCAACGGAGUCAUCAACACACCUGAGCUCACCUGCAAGACUGAACGCACAGGUUCUAACGCCUCUGAGUGUGUGCAGCCAGACCUGCGCAUGCGCAGACAGCACUCCUCAGACAGCGUAUCCAGCAUCACCAGCGCAACCAGUCACUCCAGCAUGGGCUCCAACAUCGAGCAGCAGGACAACAGCAGCAAGAAGAAGAAGAAGAACUGGUUGCGGAGCUCGUUUAAGCAGGCCUUCACCAAGAAGAAAUCACCCAAAUCCGCCUCCUCACACUCAGACAUCGAGGAAAUGACCGACUCCCUGCCCUCCUCACCCAAACUGCCCCAUAACGGCUCCACCACCUCCACCCCACUGCUCAGGAACUCACACUCCAACGCUUUGCUGCAGGACUGUCUGGAUGGCGAGGCGGAGACGGUGAUGCAGUUGCGCAGUGAGCUCCGGGAGAAGGAGAUGAAGUUGACAGACAUUCGAUUGGAGGCGCUAAGCUCCGCCCACCAGCUAGACCAACUCAGAGAGGCAAUGAACCGCAUGCAGGGGGAGAUAGAGAAGCUGAAGGCUGAGAAUGAUCGUCUGAAGUGUGAGAGCCACACGAGUGUGCGAGCUUCGUCUCAGACGUCCCUCUCGAACCCGUCACACUCGCACGCGCCGUCAGGGGGGCUCUCCCAACACAGCCUCAACCUCACAGACUCCAGCAGCUUCGACAUGCUGCUGGAUGAUGCUGGGGGAGAUGGUGGUUUCCGUAAAGAGGGUCGGCAUGUAAAGAUCGUGGUCAGUCUGCAGGAGGACGCGUCGUGGAGGGAGGAAUGCCGACCUCGGGAUUUCCUGAUUGGCUGUAUUGGAGUCAGUGGCAAAACCAGGUGGGACGUUCUGGACGGGGUGGUCCGGAGACUGUUUAAGGAAUACAUCAGGCACGUAGAUCCGGUCAGUCAGCUGGGACUCAGCUCAGACAGUGUGGAGGGAUAUCGCAUAGGGGACGUGCUCAGACCCAGCGGAGGAGACAUACCGGAACUACUUCCCUGCGGGUACCUGGUGGGGGAAAACAACACCAUCAACAUUUCUGUGAAAGGUGUGCGCUCUCAGUCAGUAGAUGCUCUGGUGUUUGAGACGUUGAUCCCCCGGCCGGUUCUGCAGCGGUACGUGUCUUUGCUGCAGGAGCACCGGCGGCUCAUCCUGUCGGGUCCGAGUGGAACAGGUAAAACACACCUGGCCCAGCGGCUUGCUGAGCACACGGUCCUGCUGGAGGGACGCACGCCCAGCGACACCAACAUCGUCACCUUUAACGUAGACCACAAGUCCAGCAAGGAGCUGAGGCAGUAUUUAGCGUCAGUGGUGGAUCAUUGCUCUGCAGGACCAGACACUGAAGCUCCGCUGGUUCUAAUCCUGGAUAAUCUGCACCAUAUCAGCUCUCUCGGGGAAAUAUUCAGCGGCUUACUCAACUACAAAUACCAGCACUGCCCCUACAUCAUCGGCACAAUGAGUCAGGCUACGUCCUCAUCUCCAAACCUGCAGCUGCACCACAACUUCAGGUGGGUUCUGUGUGCGAACCACACGGAGCCGGUAAAGGGCUUCCUGGGCCGUUUCCUGCGCCGGAAGCUGAUAGAGACUGAGAUCGGCAGCCGUAGUCGGAGUCCUGAGCUGGUGAAGAUUAUCGAGUGGAUCCCGCGCGUCUGGCUCCACCUCAACCGCUUUCUGGAGACACACAGCUCUUCAGACGUCACCAUCGGUCCGCGGCUGUUCCUGUCCUGCCCGAUGGACGUGGACGGGUCCCGGGUAUGGUUCACCGACCUGUGGAACUACUCCAUCAUACCGUACCUGCUGGAGGCCGUCAGAGAGGGACUGCAGCUGUAUGGCCGCAGAGCGCCGUGGGAAGACCCUGCCCGCUGGGUCAUGGAAACGUUUCCAUGGGGGUCAAGCCCAGUGCACCCUGAUUGGCCAGCCUUGCUGCAGCUCCGCCCAGAGGAUGUGGGGUUUGAUGGAUACUCUGCCUCUAGAGAGGGUGCUGGCAAGCAGAGCACUCAGAGUGACAGUGAUGCUGAUCCACUGAUGAAUAUGCUGAUGCGUCUGAAGGAAGCAGCGAACUCCUCCAGCCCACAGAGCUACGACAGCGACUCCAACAGCAACGGUCAUCACGACGACAUUCUCGACUCCUCGCUGGAGUCCACGCUGUGAUGCUCCUCAGACUCAACUCUACUGAAUGUUUCCCUCCAGCUCAGGCAGCAGAACUGACUGCUCACUCCAGACUCAUCUCUCCUGCUGGGUGCUGGAAACCCAGAGGAAAAGGGGCUUCAUUUAUUUCUUUGAAAAGGGAAAACAAACAAAAAACUGCACUACCCAUAAUUCAGCUGAUCUUCAGCCUCCCUUUGUGAAGCAUGUUCUGUAGAUAUGGAUUAUUAACAGCACAUGCAGAGGCGAAAAGGAUUUCAACACUGUUUCCAGACGCAUUACCUCACAACUUCAUCUUCAGCUCCUUUCAGCCUGAAUUUUAAAGUGUAAUUUGGCAAAUAAAAUCUAAUUAACAGAAGUGCUUAGCUUAGCUUAGCUUCACUAAAACAGUAACAGCUCCCUUAAACCCUGCGCUGUGUCCAUACUUCAGUUCAUGUUCUAGAAAACUGUAAUUCAUAGAGUCCCAAAACACAUGAGCAACUUUUAUCUGUUUCAGAUAACCUGAGCGCAGGUCUGAUUUUACACAUGAGGUUACACCCAUGAUAAUAGUAAUGGCUGCUAAGCUUCUUUUAUCCUUGUGGCUCCUAAACGCUAAAUCUACCCAUAUCAGGAUGAUGUAUUAAUAUAUUAAAUGGUGUGAAUCUGAUUUAGUUGCUGCUUUUAGCGUUAUAAGAGAGUAAAGAGAUUUCUGCAGACAAAAUGGUGCUGGUAAAAUGUGGGAACUACGCCCAGAAAAAAACAAUGAAUAAUAGCAGUGUGUACGAAUAGAACCAGCGUUUUUGUUCUUCACUCUGGGUCAUAUUUAUAACUGUGAGAAAAAGGUUUAGUCUGAUGCUGGUCAUCACUGAAUAUUUUCUUUAUAAGGGAGCAAAGUGUUCUCUGGAGUGAUGCACACUGUCCACGUCAUUUAACAUCCAUUAAACUGCCUCUGUCUUAUCUCACUGUUCAAAAAAAUACAUAAUUACAUACAAUAUACAUCAUUGUAGUGAUCCUGGAUCUGUGUUUUCUUUCACCAGCUUUGAAAAAUUCACUUUCACACCCAGGCAGUUCUCCUUUGCACACUGUAGCUUGUCCACGUCCGCCCCGUUUCUCCUGCUCCGGCUUGUUUUUGGUGCUGAAUCGACCUCGGUGCCUUACUCCAUUUUGUAGCGUGAAACCGAACGGCACUAUGUUUUUAUACUGAACUCUCGAUUCGGGGGAAAAACAGGGCUCUGCUGUUCCUGAAGCAGCCUGUACAGUGUUGUUUGAUGGGAUGGUCAGCAGUAAUGGAACCGCGUAGUUUCAGGCAUUAAAAUCACCUUUUAAACAUCUCGAACCUUAAUGUCGAUAUCACUGUGGCUGGAAAACAGUGACGCCGCUCGUUACCUUUAGCACAAUGCUGUGUGUGUGGAGAGAAAGACGAAAGGAAGAAUUUUCUUUCAGGGCUCGACUGAUACGAAGCUGUUUUCUCCAA